UUGCGAGAGUGGCUUGUCGGGCCCACCUCAGGAGCUCCUAAAAACUCACUCACCACCACCAAAACCCGUUUUCCACUCCCUCUCGGUGCCUUUGACACUCGCAGCCAACCCUACUAUGACGGCUCCAACGAGUCUGCGUAAGGAGCGGAAGUGACUUAUUAUCUUUCUUUUUCACGCGGCGCUUACAAGUUCAGGCACCGAAAAUUGGUCUGACACCAACUGUCACCAUUCGCAUCGCUUUCUAUGCCAGCUGGCGUCACGUUGGAACUGAUACACCAUCGAGUUUCACGGGCCCACCGCCCUUCGGCACCGCCAAAUGGGAUGGCCCCAUUGGUACCUCUCACUGGAAGCAGCCUUACCGUCAAAGGCUCCGGUACUCUUGAUGGCCAAUGCUCUUGGUACUGGAAACAGGGCACAUCCAUCAGUCGCCCUGUGUUCUUCCCGUAUGAACAAGGUUCUCUCCUCAACAGUGUCGGGUUUCACGCUUAAGAACAUGCCGUACCGCACCUUCAGCAUCCUCAGCUCGCAGAAGACAACCAUAAGCGGCCUCACACUCGAUGCCAGCGCUGGCGAUGAUCUGGCCAAGAACACGGACGGAUUCGACUUAAGCGGCAACGACUACGUCACCAUCAAGGGCAACAAGAUCUACAACCAGGACGACUGUCUCGCCAUGCAGUCCAGCACCAAUACUGUCUUCAGUAACAACUACUGCAGCGGCGGCCACGGAAUUUCGAUCGGCUCGCUCGGUGGCUCUACGGUCACUUCGUCCGAUACAGUCUCAGGUCUGACAGUGAGCGGCAACAGUAUCGUCAACAGUGUGAAUGGCAUCCGCAUCAAGACCAUAAUCGGUCUAAAGGGCCUCGUCUCCAACGUCAAAUACUCCUGUCGAAUCAAGUCCAAGGGCGGAUACACGGGCUCCCCGACCAGUGAGGUUACGAUCGAGGACAUAACCGUGUCGGGUCUAUCGGGUACGGCAACCAACUUGUACGAUAUCGUGGAAAACUCGAAGGUCGUAUCGGAUUGGUCGUUCUCUGGUAUUACAGUGAGCGCGUCCAAGACGGGCACGUGCAGUGGCCAACCCAGCAGCGUCGACUGCUAA